UAAUCGUAAUCUGCUGUAACUCAUCACCAGCGAGGGAGAAUAAAUAAACAAGCAUGUUUACUUUUCAUGAUAUAGCAAAAGCAAAGCGCAUCUUCGGUAUGUUUGUAGAUGAGAUUUAAAUUCGGACCACAUCGGCUGUUGGAUAUAAAAUAACGUUUUAGGAAAGGAAAUGGCGUCCAAUAUCAAAGAUAAAGAAGCUUUUCAGAGAUUGAACUUCCUCUAUCAAGCUGCACAUUGUGUAUUGGCCCAAAAUCCGGAGAACACUGAACUGGCCCGAUUUUACUGCUUCACCCAGAAGACCAUAGCCAAACGCCUGGUCCUGAGGCAAGAUCCCUCUGUGAAAAGGACCAUGUGUAGGAAAUGUUGUGCUUUACUAAUAUCCGGAGUUACAUCAACUGUCAGACAGAGAAAAGGUUCUCAAAAACAGCGUACAACUCUAAUACGAUGUCUCAGCUGUGGGCAAACUAAAAAGUUUCCUAACAACCCAAAACAUCAGUUGUGGGUGGACCAACCAGAGGCUCAGUUAGAGAAUCAGACUCAGCCAGAAGCCAAUCCAUCGUCCAAAGAUCUGACCAAGAAAGUUAACCCUGAUAAAUCGAAUACAGUGGAUUCAGUGAAGCAGGAUGCAGUCUCUUAAGUUCAACCUCUGAACUCCUUUAUUCUCUCACUACAAACCGCAGCAUUGGAAGUUUGCUGCUGUGAUAUUUAGGUUAGGUGAAAAAUACAGCAGAACAGUAUUAUUACAGUACAACCUGAUGCUUAGUUAAAUAUACAUUUUAGACAGCAACAAAUGCUUGCGUUGGAAGAUUCAUGUAAUACACAGUGUACUGUAAGCUCUGUUACACAAGAAACAACAUACUUAAUCUAUUUAUUUAGGAUUUAUACCUUUUUUCUUUAGCCUUAAAAUGUGCAUGAAGCAUGAUGUUAUUAUGUAAAGUUUGACAUUAAAAUGCAAAUUAUUCAAUAGAUAUAAAUUGCAAUUAAAACUUUGUGGUUUCACUCAAAAA